AUGAAGUCGGUGCUCUUCAGCCGCUUCUUCAUCCUCCUGCCCUGGAUCCUGAUCGUCAUCAUCAUGCUCGACGUGGACACGCGUAGGCCCGCGCCCCCGCUCACCCCGCGCCCCUACUUCUCGCCCUACGCCGGGGGCCGCGGGGGCGCCCGCCUCCCGCUCCGCCGGGCCGGCCCGGGGCGCGGCCGGGAGCAGCGCAACGAGUCGCGGCGGCCGCCGCCGCCCGAGCCGCCGCAGCCCACCAUCUAUGCCAUCACGCCCACCUACAGCCGCCCGGUGCAGAAGGCCGAGCUGACACGCCUGGCUAACACGUUCCGCCAGGUGGCGCAGCUGCACUGGAUCCUGGUGGAGGACGCGGCGGCGCGCAGCGAGCUGGUGAGCCGCUUCCUGGCGCGCGCGGGGCUGCCCAGCACGCACCUGUACGUGCCCACGCCGCGGCGCUACAAGCGGCCCGGGCUGCCGCGCGCCACCGAGCAGCGCAACGCCGGCUUGGCCUGGCUGCGCCAGAGGCACGGGCACCAGCGCGCGCAGCCCGGCGUGCUCUUCUUCGCCGACGACGACAACACCUACAGUCUCGAGCUCUUCCAGGAGAUGCGAACGACGCGCAAGGUCUCUGUGUGGCCAGUGGGCCUGGUUGGCGGACGACGCUAUGAACGUCCGUUGGUGGAAAACGGGAAGGUCGUCGGCUGGUACACCGGCUGGAGAGCAGACAGGCCCUUUGCCAUCGAUAUGGCAGGAUUUGCUGUAAGCCUUCAAGUCAUCUUGUCCAACCCCAAAGCUGUAUUUAAGCGUCGUGGGUCCCAGCCCGGGAUGCAGGAAUCUGACUUUCUAAAGCAGAUCACGACCGUCGAAGAACUGGAACCGAAAGCAAGUAACUGCACCAAGGUAUUCACUUCGCUCGUGCCGCUUGACCUUGCUGUGUGUCCCUUGAGAGCGUGGUUACCCACCAGGUCUCCUCCCCGCAGGUCCUCGUGUGGCACACUCGGACAGAGAAGGUGAACCUAGCCAACGAGCCCAAGUACCACCUGGACUCGGUGACGAUCGAGGUGUGACGGAGCCGCGGCUGGUGCUCUGGCGGGCGUGCGGGUAGGGCUGCGGGCCCCUGGGGGCCGUCUCCUCUGCUCUCCUCCCGACGGGCACCUGCCUACGGGGCGGUCGUGUCCGGAAGCUGAGCGCGGGUAGAGACAUCCGCCCGUCUCCAUUUGUUCUGCAUGCUCCCUUACAACCAACCCGGAGGCUCUCUGUACAGCACAGCUAAUGGCACGCAGGCUAGUACCAUUCUGAGAAUCUUCUUACAUACUUUCCCAUUUGGCCUUAUACUUAAUUGGUAGA